ACAAAACUAUUAACGCAUUAGCUUCCAUUACUCAUACAUGUACGGUACAGCAUGUCAUUAGUGACAUUACAUGUGUUUUUCUUUCAUUGUUGUUUGUUUACUAAUCGUAUCUACUUUGCCUUCAUUUAUCCCAGAUGCACUUGACAAAGAAACCAAAUAUAAGCGCAGAAUGAAACAGAAACUGGAAACACAAAAUAUCAAAUUGACUUUCAUUGGUCAUGCUCGAGCAGGGAAAACAUGUUUGAUGAGGCAGUUACUAAGGAAGCAAAUCAAACCUGGAGGCCCAGAACCUACUAAUAUGGCUGAGCUACUAUCCAAACGAAUAAGAUACAAACUUGGAAAGAGUGGAAAGGAAAUGGAAAAAAUUGAUAAGGGAAAGGACGCAGAGUUAUGUAAUCAACGUUUACUAAGACACUGCAGGAAUGUAGACGAUGGAACAGUACAGGAAAUGGAAACAUCGAAUGCACAUUCAAACGAUGAUACUGGAUAUCCUGGUCAAUCAGAAGAGGGGGCUGUAGCAUCACAUACAACUGUAUACGAACAUCCUCCGCAACCGAUCACAGAAGACCAAACAAAAGAAAUUGCAGAUUUAAAUAAGGAAGUUGAUAGUGUUGAUGACCCAUCCACAGCUUAUGUAACUUUGUUUGAUUUUGGAGGAGAUGAAGUGUUUCACACUUGGCAUCACUGUGUCAUGUCGACAAACAGUAUAUACCUGCUGGUAUUUGAUGUUUCCUUGUGGGAAAAUCCAGACAAGCAAGAUAUCAUUGUCGAUGAAAUCGCGCACUGGCUUAAUGCAGUUGCAACGUACUCACAGAGCAAAUCUAGUGAAAAGGAGAGUGUUCCACCAAUUAUCUUGAUUGGUUCUCAUAUGGACAAAAUAAAAACAGACGAAUCUGAGAUUUGUGACAAAAUCUCAGACAAACUAGAGGCAAAACUGGGUGUUAAAGAUAUAUGGGACUGUCAUGUACGUGAGUUCUUCUUCCUUGCGGAUAUGAACAAGAGUGGCAAGAAUGAAGAAAUAUACCUCAAAAUAUGGUGCAAGAUAGAGAAAUGUGUCCAUUUGCAGUCAUGUUGGCAUGAACAAAUUCUUGGAUCCUGGCUUGCUCUUGAAAAAAAAAUUAUGCUGAAAAAAGAAGAAGGAAUUAAAUUCCUGAACAUACAACAGAUACUGAGAUUGAAUGAAGAGCUUUUGGUACCACUUGAUGAGAGGAAACUUGUCCCAUUUCUUCUAUAUUUGCAUAAUGCUGCAAGUGUUUUUUGCUUUGAUAUUAUUGGGAAAACAGACUCGGAAUUGUUAACAGACAACGAAAAGAAACAAAUGAAAGUAAUAUUAGAUAUCAACUGGAUUAUCAAAGCCUUUGGAGCUAUCAUCACAGAUACCAAAUUUGUAUCUCUGGAAGGCAACAAACAGAGGCAAAUAUGGAGGAAGUUUAGAAAGUCAGCAGAAAUAAACAAUGAAGUACUUGAUCUACGCUGGAGCAAUAUUACAGAAGAGGAUCGCCAGGUAUUGUUAUCUGUAAUGGAAUGUCUAGGACUGAUAACAAAACCAAUGGAUGUUCAAGACAGCCAACAACAUGCAACGAAGUCUGACAUAUAUAUUGUCCCCUGUUUAUUGAAAGAGGCCUCACCAGAUAUUGUACAAGAAAUAUUGGGAAAGGAUAAUGUGCAUUGCACUAAAACAUUAUGUCUGAUAUUCGAAAAUCCCUUUGUUCUACAAGCUAUCUGGGACAAAACCAUUGCAAUAUGCAUGCAUGUAUUUGGAGAAUGUACCUACCACGAGAUGAGUCGGAAAGGUGAAUUCAGCUGCAAACUGCCACAGAGAGGGUUUAUCUGCCGAAAUGUUAACAGCAUUUGGAACUUUGUCCUUCAUUGUAAAGGGCAGAUGCUCAAACUCACGAUGUUUAAUGAUCACAAUCACAAUGUGAAGGCAGGUGUUGGGAAAGACCUGAGGGUUAAAAUUAAAGGUAUAAUCGAACAUGUUCUUUUGAUGACCAGCCAAGGACAUCAAAAGUACAGCGACUACCUCCAUUGUGACUUUUGGGUUUCUGAUGAUGAGGGUAAAGAAAGGAAGCCAAAUGCAGAGACUUUUGAAAAGGAUGAGGACAGCUUUCAGAGUUUUGAUGGGGAAAACAAUCCUCACGACCUGACAAAAUGUCAUUGGCUGGCAUGGUUUGGUGAGAAUGAUAAG